GGAUGGGCCACCCUCAGCCUGGACAGGGAGCUGGCACCGGAGAAUCCCAGCACGGAUGGCUCCACAGACUGGCCCCAGCGAGAAGGGGACGGGACCUGGUCCAGCCUUUCCACAGCUUUUCACCUGGGAAGAGAUCAGGAUCCGCAACGGCCGCGGGCAAGGCCGGGAGCAGUGGCUGGUGGUUGACAGGAAGGUUUAUGAUGUCAGCCAGUUUUCCAAGAGACAUCCCGGGGGCAGCCGGGUUAUCAGCCACUAUGCCGGGCAGGAUGCCACGGAUGCCUUUGUGGCAUUCCACAACGACAAGUCCCUGGUGAAAAAGUACCUGAAAUCUCUGCUGAUUGGGGAGCUGGCACCUGACCAACCCAGCUUUGAGUCUAAUAAAAAGAAAUCCCUCUUGGAGGAUUUUCGUGAGCUGCGCUGCACCAUUGAGAAGAUGGGACUUCUGAGACCCAAUUACUUCUUCUUCUUCCUGAUUUUCCUUCACCUCCUGGUGCUGGAUGCUGCAUCCUGGCUCGUGAUCUGGUACUUUGGCAUAUCCCUGGUGCCUUUCCUGGCUGGCAUGGUGUUCUUCACCACUGCCCAGAUCCAGAUGGGCUGGUUCCAGCACGAUCUGGGGCACUGCUCUGUCUUCAGGAAGCCCAGGUGGAAUCAUCUCCUGCAGAUCGUGGUGAUAAACAUGCUGAAGGGGCUGCCUGCCAGCUGGUGGAACCACCUGCACAACCAGCACCACGCCAAGCCCAACUGCUUCCGCAAGGACCCCGACCUCAACAUGCACCCUCUGCUCUUCAGCCUGGGAAAGCCCCUCUCCAAGGAGCUUGGAAAGCAGAAGAAGAAGUUCAUGCCUUACAAUUACCAGCACAAGUAUUUCAUCUUGCUGGCCCCGCUCGCCCUCAUACCCUUCUUCCAGCUGUCAACAAUCUACUUUGCAAUCAAAAGGAAAAAGUGGUUGGACCUGAUAUUGGUUGUGACUUUCAACAUCCGAGUCUGCCUCAUGUAUGUUCCUUUAAUGGGUUUUAAAACCUUCAUGAUAUACUACUGGCUGUCCAGGUACUUUGAGAGUAGCUGGUUUAUUUGGGUGUCCCAGAUGAACCACAUCCCAAUGGACAUUGAUUAUGACAAGAACGAAGACUGGGUGUCUACUCAGCUCCACGCAACCUGCAACGUGAACCAGUCCGUGUUCAACGACUGGUUCACUGGGCACCUGAACUUCCAAAUCGAGCAUCACCUGUUCCCCACCAUGCCUCGGCACAACUACUGCAAAGUGGCUCCCCUGGUGAAGAGCCUCUGUGACAAGCAUGGCAUUGAGUACAAAAGCAAGACUUUGCUGACAGCCUUUGUAGAUAUUUUGCAUUCCCUGAAGGAUUCUGGGGAGCACUGGCUGGAAGCAUAUCUGCAUGGAUAGAAACUGGCAACUCUCCAAGGGAAUCCCUUCACCACACAACUGCUGCCAAAAGCCAGGACACAUCCCUGUGCAUGUCCUCAGGCAUGGGAACUCAGGAGCUGGGAAAAGUUAAUUUCAGUAAGAAUUAAAUGGGAAAGUGGCUUCAAGAUACAUUUUUGCCUUGUUCCCCACCAUGAAUCUCUGUUUUUUCCUGGUCUCAAUCUCUGAAUUCAGAGAUGGACUUUUAAGCUUGGGGAGAAGUAACUCUUGAAUCAGCUUGACCAGUUUAACUUUAUUGGAAGUGCCAGCUCUUUGCUUAUGGAAGAGGUUUGAAAGGAAAUUCUUCUCCAAGUCAUAAAAUCCUGGAAUGGUUUGGGUUGGAAGGGACCUUAAAGAUCAUCUUGCUCCAUCCCCUGCCAUGGGCAGGGACACCUUCCACCAGACCAGCUUGGUUGCUCCAAGCCCUGUCCCUGGCCUUGAACAGUUCCAGGGAUGGGAUAUCCACAGCUUCCCUGGGAAACUGCUGCAGUGCCUCACAAUAAAGAAUUUUUUUCUAAUAUCCAAUCUACACCCACCCUCUGUCAAUUCAAAACUGUUGUCCUUACAAGUCCUGAUAAAACUCUCCAUCUUUCUCACAAGCCUCUUUCAGUAUUAAGGUCUCCUUUGUGUUCUUGGCUCAGUGGAUCAGUGAAAAAAUGCAGGAAAAAAGCAGAAAGUCAGGAGACAUUUGUCCAGAGGGAUUUUUUUAAUUUUAAUUUUCUUGAACAGAUCAAACAAAUGUACAAAGAACAAAGUAGCCUCUGGGGCACGUCCCCAUCGCUUCUGGUCACCUUGCUGUGACUAUUAAGGGCUGUAACAGGUUCUGUUCCUGGAUUGCAUGGGCAGGCAGGUCAGCUGGAGCCUGCUGACACCUGCAGUAGCAGUGUGAACACAGUUUGUAUGGCAUGUGGUGUCUGUAGGUAUAAAUACAUGUCUGGGUUCUGAGUCCUGACUGUGCUGUCAGAUUGGAUUUCUGGUGCAGACCAGCUGUGAAUCAGGCUGAGAAGACAAAGCACUGAGGAGUAGGUCCAGAUUUCAAGGGUAUUUAGGGUACUCCUGCUUUUAUAUAGAUAUUACAUUUUAUCUAAAAGUAUACCUCUUGGUGGUUUAGUACAAUUAGUUUUACGAGAGAAUUAUGAAUAGAGUUCUUGGUCAUGAAUUUUAGAUUGAAGUCAAAGCCUGUUUUAGAAGGAGCUCUGAUUUAUCUUGCAGAUUUUGAAAAGCAAUUACGAUUCAAUGACAUUUCCUAAUGCCACUUGGAGCAAAUAUAUUCCAUUAUGGGACUGUCAGAACCCAUGUUGUACUGUACCCACCUCAAUGACCCGAAACCAGAAAGGUUUUUGUGGCAAGAACCUGUAGUGGCAAAUAAAGAGAUAAUUUGCCCAUAAAAGCAAAGGCCACGUGGUUCCUCUCCUCUGCCUUCACACCCAGAACUUUCAGUGGAUAAAUCACCCACAGGAGGAAGAUGUGGGAGAUUUAAAGGCAGCUCACUUGUGUUGCAAUUUGCAGACACCAACACCCCUCUUCUGGGUAAUAAGAUCAAGCCAAAAAAACAAUGCAGAAAGAGUUUGGAUGGAGGUUUUUUUGCUUUUGUUUUUUUCCAGAACAUCUCAGUUUCUUCUUUUUAUUUAUAUUUUUGUGUGUGGGUGCAGGUACCAAUAACACUGUUCUGAAUAUAUUGUAAGAAUGGCUGACAGAUGUCUUUGAAAGGGGUUCUGUUUAAAAAAAGUCAUUGUUAAAAAGUGUUUAAAAUGUAGUUUGGAAAUCCCUGCUAACUGGUUCCUACAGCAAUUAAUCCAGGGCUGGUUAUUAUGGUAAUAUCCAUAAUUAUUUGCAAAAGCAGAAACAUUAUAUAAUUAUUUAAGGGAUAAUACUGUCCCUAAGAUGAAUGCAGGGAUUUCAUGGUACUACAUAGAGACAUUUUAAAAUUUCUGUCCUGCUGAAGGUCAUAUAAAUAUUCAGGAUUCCUCCUUUUUUUUUUACCAGUGAGACUUGAAAGCUGUGCUGAUCCUAUGAAAUCUAUACAAAGCUGAAUCAAAACCGUUCUUUGUGGUAUCAGUCUCAUAAAUUAAACUGAUCAUUUGUACUGUUUAGUUAGAAUUCUGCUUAUUUGAAUAAGCAGAAUAAUAAUAAUAAUCAUUAUUAUUGAUUCUUUUUUCAAUCUGGUUUUAAUUAAAACAUUUCUGUCUCUAUUUGUCUCAACAGGCUGCUCUGUGUCAAUAAUAAUUUCAUUAUCUUUUUAAUAAAGGUUAUUUGGAGCUGGUUUA